GGCCGGAAACAGUGUGAUCACUGCGAACCCCUGCUCUUGUUUUUCUGUAGUUAAACACACUUUGGAGUACAUUGUGUCUUCUUGUACAUUUACAAUUCUGAGAGGAUUACUGGAUCAUUUUUCUGCUGCAGACCUUCAAAGUAAAAUUUGCAGAGUGACAAAGACGGAUCAAAGAGAGGCGUGGAAAAUCGAAAGAGAGUGAGAGAGAGAACGAGAGAAGCAAAGGAAGAUGGAGAGCAUUUUAUCGGAUCAGUCAGCCAGCGUGGAAGAACUGGUUGAAGCCUGCAUCAAAGCAUUCGAUGAGGAAGGAGUGUUAAAAGAUGCCUCGGAGGUAAGGAUGUUCCUAAUGAUGCAUCCCUGGUACAUUUCUUCCACCGACUUCGCCAAGAAACUCCUCCUGAAGUCUCAAAAUUGUUCUACUGGCUGCCGCUCUCAGAUUUGUCAUCUUGUCAAGUACUGGAUGAGUGAGUUCCCAGCCGAGUUUGACCUUAACCCGGAGCUGGCUGAGCAGAUCCGUUGUCUGAAAGAGCUGCUUGAGCAGAACGGUGAUGUGAGGCGAAGUCUACUCAUAGACAUAGACAGUGUCCCAUCGUAUGAGUGGAAGCGACAGCUGACCUCGAGUAUUCAGAAGAAGAGUAAGACCUCUCUGCUGUUUGACCAUUUGGACUCCUCCACCCUGGCCGAGCACCUGACCUUCAUGGAGUACAAAUCCUUUUGCAAGAUCCUGUUCCAGGACUACCACAGCUUUGUGAUGCAAGGGUGCACUGUAGAUAACCCCAUCCUGGAACGCUUCAUCACCCUCUUCAACAGUGUGUCACAGUGGAUCCAAAUGAUGGUGCUCAGUAAACCUACAGCCCAGCAGAGAGCCAAUGUCAUCUGUGACUUCUUCAAAGUGGCCCAGAGGUUGCUAGAGCUGCAGAACUUUAACACUCUGAUGGCAGUAAUCGGAGGGUUGAGUAACAGUUCCAUCUCCAGACUAAAAGACACUCAGGCUCUUAUUAGUAAUGAUGCUCGAAAGGUGUUUGAGGGGCUUGUGGAGUUGAUCACGUCCAGCGGGAACUAUAGUCGCUAUCGACAACGCUUUUCAGAGUGCACCGGCUUCCGUUUCCCUAUUCUGGGGGUGCACCUGAAAGACUUGAUUGCUGUACACGUGGCCCUUCCUGACUGGGCUGACCCAGAGAAAACCCAAGUCAACCUCACCAAGACACAGCAGCUUUACACCAUCCUGCAGGAGCUGGCAGUGAUCCAGGCCACGCCACCCAAAAUUGAUGCCAGCCCAGAUCUCCUCAACCUGCUCAUUGUGUCUUUAGACCAGUACCACUCUGAGGAAGAGAUCUAUCAGCUUUCGCUGCAGAGAGAACCACGUAGUCUGAAAUUAUCGGCAUCCAGCUCAAAGCCACAAUCUCCUUUAAUAGAGCAGUGGGCAUCUUCAAUCAAACCCAAGGCUGACCGUGCGAUCAUCAACAAACACAUAGAAAAGAUGGUGGAGUCUGUAUUUAAAAACUUUGACACGGAUGGGGAUGACUACAUCACUCAAAAGGAGUUUGAAAGCAUCAGAAACAACUUUCCUUACCUCAGCAAGUUUGAUGACCUCGACCAAAACCAGGAUGGCAGAAUUAGCCGAAAGGAGAUGAUUGAGUAUUUCGCCAAGGCCAGCUCUAUGAUGAACUGCAAGAUGGGUUUUGUGCACACAUUCACCACCAUGAACUGCUUCAAGCCUACAGUCUGCCAGCACUGCUCAGGCAUUAUGUGGGGAUUCUACAAGCAAAGAUACAAAUGCAAAGUGUGCGGUGUUAGCUGUCAUAAGGACUGCUGUGCUCAAAUAGCUGUAGAGUGUCGUAAACGGACUAAAAGUGUCAGCUGUGACAGCAAUAUUCCCCGCAUUAGCCGCUCUUUCAGCUUGCCUCCUUCUACUAGACCACAUUCUAAAACUAAACCUAAGUGUUCAGACGCCUUCUCUCUCCACUCAGUCAUCAAAGAAGAGACUCCAGAGAAUCUAGACAAGGAGGUGUUUGAUGACCAUCUUUGAUAAGAAGCAUGCAGUGCCUGUAAAGCUUUGGAGGCUGUCACAUGACCCAGUCAUGAAUCACCGACAUGUCCCAAAGCUGUUUGAAGUUGAUGACAUGGUGCAUGCUUCCCACUGUGAAUAUUGUGACUCAUCUACCACUUUCUGGCUACUUUAAGACUUCAAGAUCUUCAAUAUUGCAGUUUUAGUGCUCACUGCAUCCUCAGAUUCCAAUACAUGGAGUGAACAUCUGUUAUUAGCUUUAAGGAUUAUUGUGUUGUGAAAUCUGUAAUGCUUUUCUGCUCACCACUGUUGCACAGAAUACAUUUACCUUCACAGCAUUUGGCAGAUGCCCUUAUAUUGACUUACAAAGAGUUAAGAGCCUUGCUCAAGUGUCAGCUUAGUGUUGCUGGGAUUUAAACUCACGACCACAAAGUCUAAUAUUUUAACCACUGAGCUACCACUUGCAACUAUUUAAGUAUAUUUUCAUCAGUCAACGUGUUUCCAACUGCCAAACUGCUGUUUCCUGUAUAUAUAUUUUUUUCUUUUGCACCAAACUAAACUCUAUAGACUUUCAUGUGUAAAACUCCAGUGGCACUUCUAAACGCACGACCAGGUCGUGAUCGUCACUGAGAUCACAUUGUUUCCCCAUUCUGAUAUUUCAUGUUAACAUUAUCUGAAGCUCUUGACCUAUAUCUGCACGAUUUUAUGCAUUGCUCUGCUGCCACAUAAUUGGCUGAUUGCAUAAUUGCACGAAUAAGUAUGUAUACAUAGUUUUCUAUCAAAGUGGCCAGUGAGUGUACAAGUAAAUCAUAAUAAUAAUUUUAAAAAUUCACAGUUUUGAUUUCCGAUUUAAUGCAAUGUUCUUUUCUGAAUCUAACUCAACUCACAGUCUGUUGUUUUCUAGUUUCUGUCUUAAAGCUGUAUUUUGCUGGAUGAUGUCUCUUUCAAGUGAAUGAUGACUCUUGAAAUUAUGAUAAAUUGACAGCGCCACAUUUUACUUCAUUAGAAUAUGUUCUAAUCUGUGAAUUUAUAGCCACAAGGUCGCAUGAAUGACAUUUCCUUCACGUCAUGAUGGCCUUCAGCUUGAUAUUUCCUGUGUUCAGAGUACCAGUAGGGGGCACUGUUGAAACAGCUGGAUUUGUAUCUCCUCCAUGCCCCCUGUACAUGCAAUGCAUUUUGUGUGAUCAUGACGAUAAUGUGCAUCGAAACUGCAAAUGUCUCUGUGAAUCUACCAGCUUUGACAUUAAAGAUUUUGCCUUUUUUGAAUUAAA